AUGAGCGCCGACUUAUCACACCCCGACAAGGACUUGACAACUUUGCAGUUGACGCCCACGGCUGCGGGAGAAAGAUUCUAUUACGCGCAGGUGGCUCCCACCACGUCCAGCAUGUUCACCACGGCCACCGGCGGCACCUCGCUCGACGGCGGGAGGGAUGACGGCGGCAGGGGCGACAGCGAACACAUGAUCACCUUUACUUUUACCGAAUCCAGCGUCAGCGAGCGGCUGUCCAAUUUAUCAGAUCCCCCUCGCUGGAUUCCGUUUAAAAGGGCGAAUCUAAAUGUCACCAUCGUGGGUAUGACAUUUGUGGAUGUCAGCCGCCCUCUCACCCCCCUAAUGGAUGUCAACACGACCAACCCCCAAGGAGUUGUUUUUGACGAAGAAGAAGAAGAAGAAGAAGAAGAAGAAGAGGCUAACAACGCCUCUUUCCAAAACGCAGCUUCGCCGAGCUCGAUAGCCGGAAGUGUCACCGUCAACCUCACCGCAAUCGUUAACAAACGCAACCUGGUUGGAAACCCCCUGGUCGUCGGCAUCAACUGGACCGUCCACGGCGGCGGGCUCGAGGGCAUCACCUACACGCCCGCCUUUGCCUACAUCAAUGACCAAGAAGACGCCGACAGUCGCCGCAAGAUCGGAGCCGCCAUCAACGAGUCCUCGUACCGCUGGUCCCGGGAGGUGCGCAACGACACCGCAGACCGCGGCAGCACGCCCAGCCCCCUGCCCACGAGCGGCACCGACAGCAACAACACCAACGGCACGUCCAGCCUCCUCUCCGGCGGCCGCGGCGAUGGGGCAACCACCGGCGGGGGGCUGAGCACCGGCGCCAUUGUCGGCAUCGCAGUCGGCGUCGGCGUCGCCGCACUGCUCGCCGCCGCCCUCGGCAUCUUCUUCUUCCUGCGACGUCGUCGGCGUCUCGAAGCUGGCGGCGGUCCCUCCUCCCUGGCCGCGCGGCGCGACCACACCCGCGCCGCCGAACAGGAGAAGCUCUCGGCCUUUCCCAAAGACGGAGGCGGCAGCAGCAGCCUCGCCGGCGGCAACGCCUCGGACGCGGCCAUUGCCCCGUACCGCGACGACGCUACCACCCCCACGACUAAUCGCGACCGUCGACGGAGUAGCGCUGCGCGCGAGGAUGUAGCGCCAGCCCCGGCGCCGGUGGACAGGGAUAGCCGCGCGGGGUCACUGACGACACAGCAGCAGCAAAACGGCGUGUCCCGGCAUCUGGUCGAGGACGGCAUGACGGCCGAUGAGAUUCGCCGCCUGGAGGAGGAAGAGGCCCAUUUGGAUAACGAGAUUCAGCGGGCGGGCGGACGCAGAGUUUGA